AUGUUCCUGCGGCACAGCCACCCCGUCGUGCACCCGGACCCGGCGGCUCCCGCUCCGGCUGCGCAGGGCCAGGGGCCGGUGGCUCCCGCUCCGGCUGCGGUGCCGCAGGCGCAGGGACCGGUGGCUCCCGCUCCGGCUGCGGUGCCGCAGCCGCAGGGACAGGGGCAGGCGGCAGCUGCGGCGGCGCAGGCGCAGGGACAGGGCCCGGCUCCGGCCGCGGGAGCGCAGGGGCCGAACGCGAACGCGCCGCCGCCCGGGGUGCAGAUGGUGGACCCGCGGGGGGCGCCGGGGACGCGCUGGGGGCUCGCGGCCCGCCUCGCGCAGGCGCUGCUCGCGGCGGCCGCCGUCGCCUUCAUGGCCUCCACCGACGACUUCCGCACGCUCACCGCCUUCCGCCUCCUCGUAGCAGCAGAGUCUUUGCAAUGCCUGUGGAGCCUCGCCCUGGCCGCCGUGGACAUCUACGCACUUCUUGUCAAAAGCUCCUUCCAGACAGCCUGUGCUACCACCAUAUAUUCCACCGGGGACUGGGUCACUGGAGCACUGAGCUUCGCUGCAGCGAGUGGGUCGGCAGCCAUGACCACUCUCAUCAACAACGACCUGCUACUGUGCUCGGAGAACCACUGCCCGACCUAUAUGGCCGCCACCGCCAUGGCUUUCUUGAGCUGGUUCGCCAUCGCGCCGUCCUGUGUCAUUAACCUCUGGGCGGCGGUCUACAGCGUGCAGAGAGCAUAG